UACUCCCGGAAACGCUGAUCAACUUUUGUGGAAGAGAAUGAUUGAUACAGGUGACAGUGACAGUGGCGCUGCGGCUCCUGGGUCUGAAGUAACUGAUUCGUCUCGUAGGAUCAAGCUGAUAUCAUCUACCAGUCAAUAUGACAGAGAGCGAAUCCCAGGCAUUCCAAAUGAUAGAGAAGUGAAGCCGCGUUUUACAGUGGAUAAAAAGCUCAACCAAAAGAUAUCACUAUGGAGGGGAGACAUCACAUGCCUCAGAAUUGAUGCCAUUGUGAAUUCUCUCACCCUGAACUGAUGGUUGGAGAAGUUAAUAUAGCCGUUCAUGUAGCAGCAGGUAAAGGUUUAAUGAAUGAGUGGUGGAAAAUAGAGAGCUGUACCCCUGGAGGUGCUGUUCUGACUGGAGGUAUUAUAUGUGCUCAUUUUCAUUACACAUUAGAUUACUAUAAUAAUCACUGUAGGUUAUGAACUUCCUGCAAAGUGUAAGUAAUGAACUUUAUACUUUGCACUAAACAUUACCGACGACACAAUAAUAGAUGUCUUACAUACUUUUGGGUCUGGAUUCAGAAACCAAGCAAUGCUGGAGAGUUGCUACAGCAGCUGCCUGGAUCUGGUACUUGAACACAACAUCCGAUCAGUGGUACUGGAAGUGGCGGUUACCCGUGUGAUAAUGCAGCUCAGGUAGCCCUCACGACUACACGUAAAUGGCUGAAAACACACAAAGACAAGGUUGAUAUGAUUAUGUUUUGUGUCUUUAAACAUAUUGAUUUUGAAGUAUACUAUAAAUAUUUAAAUGUGAUUUUUCCUGUUGAGAC